AGCUGUCGAUUCUUAGCACUGUUGGCACGGAUUCGCGCGCUGCUCACCUGGCGCAGCAGUCGUGGUAAAAAGCGGACGAAAACAGUUUUUGCGGUCGUUUCUUUCCGCGAUGUCUGUCUCUUCUUUGCGUGAAAAGCGAAACUUUUUUGGAGGACGAGAGGUGUAGCGUCACACGCUUCUUUUUUCUUGCGGCAGGCAUACACAGUCUACCUGCGGAGCUGCAAUGUUUGCUAGCAAUCGGCUAGGUGUGCCAGGGGCAGGAAGGGGACCUAGCGCACUGUGCGUUGUACCGUGAGCAAGAGCCUGCGAAGAAUCGAGGAAGAAGACAGAGAAUGGCGAGGUUGUACCCUGGCACCUUCGCUUUCAGCUGCUAGGGGUGCGAGCCGCGCGAUACGUUUUUCUUCGCUGCAGGCUGGGUGCUGCGAGAGAGAAUCAAACGCAAAUAACGCCAGAUUAAAGCCUCCCUGAAACGACGCUGUGCAGGCUGCGAGUUCUUCGCCCGGUCUUGUGGAAGAAGCAAGUGCUCUAGCUGACACCCAGAGGGUUCAGUUCAGCAGAGACAAGAAGCGCGUUCUGUUCGAAAGCUGGUAACUACCUGCGUUUUGUGCUUCUCAGGUUCUUCUCGUUCAGCACCGGGGCUCGCUUUUCAGUAAACUUCGUAUCCAUUUUUCUUGCGAGCCUGUUAGGUUCCCUCAAGAGCGCUGCCGCACUCUUCCGGACGACCUGCUCGAGUUUUGCAUGACGAAUUCUCUCACAGUGUUCACCUUCCGGUACAUGUGUAAAGUCACUUUGCGUCCUUGACAGUUUUGCCACCCGAUUUCUGGCUGCAUAUUCGGGGACUGCUGGUUGUCUUGAGUCCGGCCGUUUUCCGGCCUUCGUUGGCUACAAAACUGAACACCGCCAAACUCAGGCCGUUGCCGGCAUGCAGGUGUCAAGAACAGCUCCGUCUUUCUGAACCGCUGGCUUCCGAGGUAAAGCAUGGUUCAGUUCGCGCACGGCCCCGAGUCGGUCCUGUCGUCACAACGAGGCUCUGCUGCCACCUGGAGCUCUGUCCAAGUGCCCACUUCUCAUUUGGCACAUCCGCUCUCUUCCAACGUUAGGCCAACAGCGUUACAGGGCAUAGUGUCGCCUCAGCCGGUCCAGCGCUCGCUCGUAGUGUACAGCCGCCGCCAGCAGCAGCCGCGGUUGACUGACUCGCUUUCUUCAGAUUCGCUCCAGCUCUCUCAACUGACAGGUUCUGUCGCUCAGAGACCGCUCCGCUAUCGGUGCCAGUCCGAUACUGUGGCUUUGGACUCCAGAUCACAGUCGGAAUUGAGUGACACAGAGGCCGCCUCUACCAGGGCGUUUGCUUUCCACGAGCUGAGGUCCUCACCUCAAGGCCACCCGCUGUCUGUCUCAAGUCCCGCAGCCUGUGUAGCGCACCGGACAGCUUGUCACGUCCCGGCACGUCUCCACUUCCCGUCUCUUGCGUCCGAGACUUUUCCCGAGAAUUCAGAUCGUUCCUCGGCUCCGUCUGGUUCGGAAGACCUCGACCUAACGCGAGGCAUUUCUGGAGACCGCUCCUCGUCCACUGUCUCAGAGGCAUCCUUCGCGCCUCAUCCUCAGGCUCCACAAGCGGAGGCCGCGGCUGCUUCCUCCACCUUUUCGCCUGCGUCUUUGUCGCUGAUUCUCGCAGCAGCGGCAUCGUUUCAAAAGCCAAGCAAGUCGCCUUCCACACGGACCAAACGUCCUGCUCCUGCUCCACGCCCCCCUGUGCGUGUCAUGUCUCGUCUCCUUGCCCCUCCAAUGACGCCUGUGAAGGCAGCAGGCCCGACCCACGGCGUCUCGGCCCUUCCAGGAGUGCAUGCACCCUCUGUGCCCGCGCACAUCACCCCAUCAGCGCCGGGUAUUGGAGGGCCAGAAGGCCCCCUUAUUCACCAUGGAAUUGCCGGAUCUGGAAUCGUCGUUGCCCCGCCCACACCCCGAAGUGGGCCAAGUCCCAUGGGAGCGCCUCCGACAAACAAUCAUUUGUUACCGCCCCAAGGCCCGAGAACCGGGCCUCCAGUAGAAACCUCGUCUACUCAUGAUCGACAGUGGGUAGCCGUCACCGCGUACAGACCCGUCGAUGUUGUGACAAAGACAGUCGAGGUGCCGGUAACGCGUACUGUUGACGUUCUCGUUCCGCGUCCAGUGAUCCAGGAAAAAAUCGUUGAGGUCCCCAAAUUCGUCCCUCACUACGUAGAGAAGAUUCUAGAGGUCCCAGAGAUAGAGUGGGUAGACCGGGUGAUCGAGGUGCCAGAAUAUUUUUACAGCACGAAAUACGUGCCCAAGGUGGAGAUCCGGGAGAACAUCAUCGAACGGCCUCUUUAUCAAGACAAGUGGGUGGAGAAGAUUGUUGAAGUUCCGAGGGUUGAAGAAAUUGUUCGAUAUCGCGACAUUGUCGAGGCUGAGGAAGUUAUCAAGUAUAUUCCCAAAGGGCACUCUGAAGAGGAAUGGCGGGGAGCGCCCAUCUUCAGCGUCCCUCCAGAACACGCGCCUCCGUUGCCCCCGAAGUGGGUAUCCCCAGGAGUGGCCCCCGACCGUAUUCCAGGGUACUGCCCACCUGGAGACUGUUUUGCAGCUGCUGAUGGUUCAGUAAAAGGGCGGACGAAGCUGGUUGAACAUACAUCUCCUGCCUUCCCCUCGUCUCCGGUGAACGGCGUGUGUCAUGCUGGCCCGUUCUGGACUCUUGACUGUCGAAAUGGAGGGGAAUAGAGCUGUUUGACGAGGCAAGCGGGUGCUGGACACGCCGCAACGUUUUCAGACGGUGCAGAUAUUUUCAACUCAGAACGAGAUAUGUGCUAUACUGUUAUUUGGCGAAUAGAGCCGAGUUACUUCAAUGAAUAUCAGAGGGCCCGCACGCAUUCUUUAGCGGUCUCCAGCAAUCGCCUCAGCUGUCGUGGCUGAGGCGAAACCGGAUCGAUGAGUUGCUUAAGCAACUCCUUAGAUUUUAACAGUCUGCGGAGAACUUGUACAUGUAAUUUGUUACACGAUGAUUCAGCCAUCGUCCGUCUUUCAUGGGCUUCAGGAUUGUCACAAGUGCGCUUUGUUGUACCAGUGUGGAGAACUCGAAGUUGUGAAGGACACCCUUGCGUUCAAGUGGACAACCACUAUCGGAUACGGCAAGCUCAAUUGCAUUCGUAGCUGCCGCAAUAGACAGGCGUGUCCGCUG